UGCCAGCGCCGCCGGCACCAUGGGCUGCUGCUGCCGCCUGCUCUUCCUCGCCCUCGUCCUCCUCCCGGCAGGACUGGGCCAUGACUCCCCAGAGCCACCCCUCAUCCCCACCCGCCCCUCCUUGCUCUGGGGGGGUGUCCCAGUGAAACCAGACUCGGGGGAUGGCCCCACACCAGCUCCAGGCCAGCCCCAGCUGCCCUUGUCCACGGAACCCUCCGGAGAUGGGACAUCCUCCAGGCCCCUGGAGGGGGAUGCCCACAAUGCCAGCACCCCGGUGGCAGCACUGUCCCCUGCUCCUGUCCCUGUGAGCUCCAUGGCCACAGCAGAAGGUCCCUCCGUGGCCUCCAGCCCCAGCUCAGUGCCAGCUGCCCUGGAGGCUCCCCGGACAGCAAACCCUGCCAGCCUGGCAAGAAGCACCCUGGAUUUGGGGGCAGCUGCCAGCCCCACAGAGCUGGCUGUGCCAUCACCUGCCCCCUCCCUUCCCAGCAGCCAGCCCACCUCACCCCCCGGGACAGGCCCGUCCCCAACACCCGUCCUUGUGAGCCCGGCUGUGACCCAGCCACCACUGCUGGCCAAGGAUGUCCCUUCCCUGGGGACACUGGCCAUGGCACCGAGCCUGGCCACGGAGCCAACAUCCCCCCCAGUGACUGUGAUGAGCCCCACGGAAGCCCAGGCCACGGCCUCAGAGAAAACCACCGGGGUCACCAUGGAGGAGGUCCCGCGUGCCCUGAGUGCAGGCAGCAUUGUGGCCAUAACCGUGACGGUCAUCGUGGUGGUGGUGCUGGUGUUCGGGGCAGCUGCCUACCUCAAGAUCAGGCACUCCUCCUAUGGAAGGCUUCUGGAUGACCACGACUACGGCUCCUGGGGCAACUACAACAACCCCCUGUACGAUGAUUCCUAGCAGGGAUGAAGCCAAAAACCCCAAAAACCCUUAAUUUAUAAGUAAGCGCUUCUGCAGCAGAGCAUCCGCUGUCGAGGAGAUGCUGGGCACGGAGCCCCUGCCUCAGGCAGGAUCACCACGGGGCUGCUGGAUGGCAGGAACUGGAGGGCAGUGCUGACAAUAAACCUCAAUUUUGGCCUUUGA